UUUUUUAUUUUAUUGUUCUCUUUUUAUCUGACGAUCUCGUCGAAAAUCACACAGGAAGUUAGACUUUAGUUCAUUUACUCAGGGUAUGAUUGGGAUAUUUCAAAUAUAAAUAACAUACUUAUAAGACCCUAAAUAAGCGAUUUUGUUAAUAUUUUCGCCCGUGAACAGUUAUUUUCUGUACUUUGGGGUCCUAAGCUUUCCAUGGUACUACUACUACUAUUACUAGAAAAAGAAGAAAUAAUAUAGAUCUGAGGUUAACAGGCUGUGCUAACUCAAAUAAAUAAUGGCAGCAACACUGACACCAGUAGAAGAACAGGCUGUCAAAGAAUUUAUUACGACUGUCAACGACCUGAGACUGAUACAUAACGCUGGUCCGUUGCCAUGGAAUACAGCAGUCAAGUUCAUGAUGGCAAGGAAGUUUGAUGUGCAUCGAUCAUUAGCUCUGUACAAAGCACAUGAGAUGAUUCGCAACAGAGAAGGCCUUGUUUCUUUUGAUCCAACUAGAGACCCUUUAAAAAGUGAAUUGGAUACAGGAAAGUUCACAGUUUUGCCUACCAGAGAUAACACUGGUGCAGCCAUUGUGGUAUUUACAGCCAGUAAACAUUUCCCUGAAAUAACUACACACCAAACAACAUUACAGGGCAUGGUUUAUCAGCUUGAUGUUGCUUUAGAUAGUUUGGAAACCCAACGAUGUGGCAUGGUGUUUAUCUACGACAUGACAAACUCCAAAUAUGCAAACUUUGAUUAUGAACUUAGUCAGAAAAUUCUUAAUCUUCUAAAGGGUGCCUAUCCUGCCAGACUGAAAAAAGUUCUUAUUGUGUCAGCUCCUAUGUGGUUCAGAGCACCAUUUGGAAUUCUUCGUCUCUUUGUCAGAGAAAAACUUAGAGACAGAAUACAUGUGCUAGGGCCAUCACAGUUAGUUCUCCAUAUUACUUCGAGCUCACUUCCAAGAGAAUUAGGAGGCAGUCUUUUUAUUAACCACAAGACAUGGCUUCUUCACUGUCUGAAAUCCAUGACCAACCGAUAUGGUGACCUCUGCGACCUAGCAUCCCUGCCUUCUUCUCCUUCCUCUGUCCAAAAUGGUGUAAUUUUCCAUCCAGUGGAACGUUCUCAUGUCCAGAAUGGUGUAACACCUAACCUUCUGAGCGAGGGUGAAAAUACAGAUGAAUCUAGUGAGCAGCAACACUCGGUUCACGAGAAACAUAACUCCGAAGACAGAGAGAAAGAAGUUGAGGUUACCAAGGAGAAAAGAAGACAGAUAUCUGAUCUUGCUGCAUAUUUUCAUUGUGAUCAAAGGUGCCUUCUGGUGCCUUGGUUUUCAGCUCGGCAUACUCCUCGUAUAAACCUUUCCUCCCCUUCAGCUGUACAUGUUGAACAAAUUCAUCAAGUGACACACCUUCGACAUCAUCGUUAUGAAUUGAUUCACCGAGAAAGAAAGGAAUGGCUACAUCAACGAGGACUUUCUCCCCAUCCAAAGAGAUAUCUGUUGUGGCUAAAGUCAAAUCAACCAAAGAACAGAUAUUCUGAUGUGCUUUGUUAUGAUCAUUCUCGAGUCAAGAUUUCGUGCCUUGAUGGAGAUCCAGCUUCUGACUAUGUCAAUGCAAAUUAUAUAGACGGAUACAAACAGAAAAACGCUUUCAUCUCUACACAAGGCCCACUGCCAAAGACAUUUUCUGAUUUUUGGCAAAUGAUAUGGGAGCAAGAAGUCUUAGUAAUUGUUAUGACAACCCGCACAAUUGAGAGAAGUCGGCCAAAGUGUGGUCAGUACUGGCCAAAAGAGGAAGAAACAUCCGAAGAUUAUGGUCCUUUUCGUGUCCACAACAAUGGCAUUGACCAAUACCAGGACUACACUGUGACAAGUCUGGUCAUCACACAUUCAAGGACUGGUUUAUGUCGUGAAGUGUCUCACAUGCAGUAUACAAGUUGGCCAGACUAUGGUGUUCCACUUUCUGCCUUGGAAAUUUUGACAUUUCGUGACAAGGUUCGGGAACAACAAGCACAGUCUCUCAUGUCUCUUGGCUCUCAUUGGCAUGGCCAUUCUUUGGGACCUCCAAUUGUAGUGCAUUGUAGUGCUGGAAUUGGUAGAACAGGAACUUUCAUCACACUAGACAUCAGCAUUCAACGGCUUGAAGCGACUGGCCAGAUUGACAUCCGAGGAACGGUCGAGAAAAUACGUUCUCAGCGUGCUUACAGCAUUCAAAUGCCCGACCAGUACGUGUUUUGUCACCUGGCCUUACUUGAGUAUGCUCUGGGAAGGGGUCUGCUUCAAGAUGUAGAUCUAACAGGGUUUGAUGAAACUGACUCGGAAUCAGAAUGAACUUGGUAAUAAAUGGUCACUUGCAGGGUGUUCUGUAGAUGAUCAGUCUCUUCAGCUGAUUUAUAUUCUGUUUGUGAAGAGAGAGACUGUUGAAAGGUCAGCUUCUUAUACCGCAGAGGUCAUGAGUUAAUGUAAACAAGCUUAUUUGAGAAAAUAUGAUAGAUUAUACAUUUUCAAUGGCCUUGCUAAUUUAAACACUUUUUUUAACAAAGGAAAAAAAAUCGCUAAAGUGUUGAAAAAUACUUGUAUAAAAUUUUUUAACCAAAGAAAAUGCUUUAAGUAUUUAAAUGGCUCAUGUAGUGUUAAUAACAGAGACAUGAUAGUUGAAAUGUCAUUAAACAGUUUGCCACAUUUGAAACUAUGGCUAUAAAGAACUUGUAUGUUUCACAUGCUGCUUGUAUUUUAAAUGUACAUGCGAAUGCAGUAUUGUACCUAUUUGUUUUUCUUUUCAGCAUCAGUUCAUCUGUUUCUUUAAAAUCUUCAUUCAUUUUGUUCAGUAUUUAUUUAUCUUCAGAAAUUUCGUCAGAUAAAAAAAAAAGAUGUUUUAAUCGUAUCUGGGAUAUGUGAGCAUGGCACAAAGGAUUUAAAGAGGUAAGAGAAGCAUGCCAAAAACUGUAACAAGUUGAAUGUACACCACUAAACUGUUGUAGUGGUUGUGGCAUAUGGCAUAAGGUCUUUAGUUUGUAUCAAGUUAUUUCUAAUAAUUACGUGUUUAUUUAUGUGUGUCAUUCAAGUUUCUUAAUCUAAAAUUAAUUAUAAAAUUGAAGAAAAAAAAGGAUGGCUAAUAAAACAUGGCUCUGUUUUCGAAGACUUGUAUCUUUGUAAAUGUACACAAUAUGUGUAAUAUAACUUUUACACCAGUGAAAUCAUAAAAUAAAUUACUGUAUUUGUCUCCACCUUAACUUGCGUUAAAUGUAUAUUAUUAUUGUUAUCUUUAGAUAAAAAUGUUGUAUAACCUUUUAGUCUAUCUUGCCUAGAACAGAAUCAUUUCAUAGGCAAUUUCUGACUAUAGUAACUUUUUUAAAUGUUAGCACUAAAUGUUUAAGCAAGAACCGUUACAGAAUCCCUGUAGAGUACAAUUGGAUAACUGAUUGUUACAUAUCCUUCAAGUACGUCCCCACCCCCACCUAGUGGCUCAGCAGUAAAUCUGUAGGCUUAUAAUGCUAAAAACUGGGUAUUGAUACUCGUGGUGAGCAUUGUGUAGUUUUGUGUUUGAGAACAAACACAACCUUAAGUAUAUGUGUUAUAAGAUUCGAUUGUUUGAUAUAAAUAUGGGACUUGUAAAAACUGUUUUAAUUUUAAUGCAAAUGUAUUUACAUUUGAUUCAAGUUGGCAUUUAUCAAUGUAAACUGCUUAAUGCAUUUAUUUAAAGAUUAAUUGUAAGGCUAAAACCAAUGUUGUGUUAUCAGUUGCCAUUCUCAGAACCAACCUUGUAUUAUUAGUUGCCAUUCUCAGAACCAACCUUGUAUUAUUAGUUGCCCUUCUCAGAACCAACGUUGUAUUAUCAGUUGCCCUUCUCAGAACCAACGUUGUAUUAUCAGUUGCCCUUCUCAGAACCAAUGUUGUGUUAUCAGUUGCCAUUCUCAGAACCAAUGUUGUAUUAUCAGUUGCCCUUCUUGGGUGAUUUUUGUGCAAAUCAAACAUCUGAUGGUAAGUUAUGUGGUCUGAAAUGCAAAUGAUUGGUCAUUUGGUGUGUGCUUGUAAACGAAAAUUUGGUAGAUGUGGUUUUACACCUUAUAGCUCAUACAAUUUCUAGUAAACAGAUUUUUGUUGUCCUACAUAAACAAAAGAUUGUCCUUCCAUAAGUAAAAAGAAAUCACUCACAAUAAUGUCAGGAUACAUGCACAAAAAAGGCAUUUGAUUAACAAAGUUGUAUUAAACGUAUGAUUGACAUCAGGUACUUCAUUAAGAUCUUUUUUUUUUUGGGUGGGGUGAUGUUCUAACUCAUCUAUGUCAUUGAUUUGUGUCUCAUCUUCUUCUCCAUUCUCCCUCUAACCAUAUUGGGGUUGGAAUGAUUGAUUAGCUGAUUGCAGGGUAGCACUUCUUCACUGGGUUCUUCCAGUUGAACUCUAAAAGUGCUGAUUAGGACAUCACUCCCCAGUCCAUCACUCUUCACCCUCUUCAUUUGGUAGAAUCCCCCCCACCUUCCUCUCGUUGAUCAGGUCGAUAAGGGCACAAAAAGUUGGGGUUAACAUCUUUAUAUUUGGUGCAUAUCUGCUCCCUAGAUGCCUUACAGACAGGUUAACAAUAAGUCAGCAAAUAUUGUAAGUUGAGGUAAGCAUUUUGCAAAAUGACUAACCUUUAAAUAGAAUAAAGCUAUGAAAAGACUCACUCUGUGUAUGUACUAUCCCACCUCAACCAUGUUUGUUAGCUCCACUUUUCUCUAGAAUCAGACCAAAGAAGUCUCUUGGCUCUGCAUUACCACACUCUGCGAGAGAUAAAAAUUCCAGAGGUAACUUACCUGCAUCCUGUUGUUGAUCACACAAUGCAUGCAUGACUUUUUUUCAAAACAUUAUGUGAUGUAAGAAUCAACUCAAAAGUUAAAUACGCUUACCUUUCUCAUCCUCAAUGGACCAUGUCUUGAAACUGAUGAUUUUGGUCAUUGCCAGCUGGAUAACAUCAGUAGCAUCAAAUUAUUGGUGGUGGUAGCUCACACAGAAUGGAAGAUUGAGUCCUUUGCUGGGGGUCCAGAGAGCUCCAUCUCAUGAAAAAAGCCACCAGAUAAAGCAUUUCAAAACUUCUUUUUUAAACAAGAAGUUAAAAGCAGUACAAAAGUUACUUUUGAAAUAGUUUUUUCCCAAUGAACACAUCAUAAGCAACAAUUUGAGUGAUAUUUGUACACACUAAUCAUAUCACAGUUUCUUCAUUUCUGUUAUCUACUGUAAGCCCCCACCCUUUGCCUACUUCUAAUUGUUCAUGAGCAAACUUUCGCUGAAAAGAAAUUUGUGUUAGAUUAGUGGUUGUUUUAUUUCAGACUUAAUAUUUUUAUCAGCCAGCAUGGUUGUUUGAUGUAAGGAUUUUUCAUAUAUAACUAUUCAUUGCUGUUUUCAUAAUUUGGAAAGAUUCGCUUACCUGAUGAAUAAAAUCAACUGUUCUACUACAACUGCAUCAGUGGCUUUAUCGCACAUUAUGAGAAGAAACUUGGACUUUUUCCAGUUUAUGUCUCUCGGUCACUUCUGUGAAUUCUCGAUGCUUCAUUUCACUUCUAUAUGUCUGGUCAACAUCUAAACCCUUUGCCUCAUCCAAGCUUGUCAACCAAACAAUAUCUGUAAAUGGUUGUUUAUGCUUGGCAGGCGUGAAAUAAAAUCACUAAUCAUUUUCAAGCAAGUCUUCUACCUCGGAUGUUCUAUGAGGAGCUGUAGCUGCUCUAAUAACUUCGACAGUUCGGGUCCAGUAAACACUGUUGGAAUGUUCAUGCAGGCUUUGAGUCUGAAUUUGAGUAGUAACGUUAAUCAAUCCUUCAUACAUUUUACAAAACAUGAGAUUGGUAGCAUGUUGAUAACACAGCCGUGUCUUAAAGUCGGGGUGACUCAACCAUGAAUUUUGAUAUAACUGUUGUUGCUUGUUCAGGUCAUUUCAUUUCCAACCUCUCUUCUCCUCAGCAGGUUUUACUUUUUUUUCCUUGGUGGUUCAACAUUACUUAAAAAUCACCACAUUAUGCUACAUUGACUUGAAUUAACCACCAUAAGUUCUUAGUUUGCCUGCAUUUUGUUCUGUAGUUAAAAUUACAUGAUGAUAUUAACAAUAAAAAGAAAUGAAAAGAAAAACUUGGUCUAGCCAGUUGUAACAAUUGACAUUAGACUCUCAGAAGUUUCAUUCAACUUAUUUUCAAAAGAAAACUUGAAGGUGAGAAUAAAGUUUCCAUGGUUAUUUUCUUCCUUUUCCUCCUAAACCUAUUCUGACAUUUAACAGUGUUUGCUGAGAUGGUCACAUAGCAACAAUAUCAGAUGAGAGCAUAAACAGAGCAACUCAUAAAUUACAUUUGCAGUACCUUCUAGCAAGUUCACUGUGAUAUUGUUGACAGAAGGUUGUGUAUUCACUCAUGUUUUGUCAAACAAUUUGGGCCUACACCUCAGAAAUACUAUAAAAUUCUCAUCAACAUACCAUGAAUCAAAACAAAAAAAAAACACUGAUACAAAUGUUCUUUUUUGUUUUGACAGUUUGAAUAAUUACCAUAAACCAGCCAGCUCGAGUAAAAUGGUAGGAUAUGGUAGUGGGAUCACUACCGGAACACCUCAAAAAUACUACAGCAAAAAUCAUACGAUAACUUGCUGGAUAUUGUGUACCGAGUGUUUGGAGAAUUUAUUUCCCUACUAUCAUAAGCAAGCAAACCAAUAAUGUGGGUACAUUAUGUCUACUGUGUGCAGUGGACAAGGCUUUGUUCACAUCUAAAAAAACUGUUGUUUUGUUCAUUUAUAUUUUCCUGCAUGUUGCAUCCAUUCGUAUCAUACAAUUCUUAUAGGACAGGGAUAAAUGCAAGGCCUUCAUUAGUUGCCACUGUAACACAAACAUAUUUGCCACAGUAGCAGUUAUUCUGUGCCAAAACAAACUUAAAUUCCCAUGCAAGUCAAAAGUCCAUCUGUUUGUUUUAUCUCAGUACUAGAAACAUUUCUUUUUUUAGCAGUCAUAUCAGUGUACUUCAACUGAAAAACAUUAAUUUUGUCACCCUUUCAAUGGAACCCAUUAGCUUCUGCCUAAGACAACUGAUCACAAAGUAAGCGAAGCAACUGUCAGUUGUGAUUGGUUGAACUAUCACACCCAGCCGUUUCAUUUCAAAUAGGGAUGUUGCUAAUGUGGAGACUUCUUUCAUGGUGUGCACAUGUUUGGGGGAUUUCAACACACUAUUACAGGUACCUUGGAAGGCACGAUUGUAGUAUGUAUGUGUACAGCUAGAGGUAGAAUGUUUCUGGAACUUUCUGUGCCACUCUGGACUCGUGGUGUACAAUGUGCACCUCAGAAAUGAAAACCAUUUUGUGUGUGUACAUUCACAAGUUGAACUGAGCCGGCAGAGCCGUUCAAUACAGAUAUGAAAAUAACACUGGAAUUAUUACUUCAUAGAUAAUAUUCUCGCAUUACUUGCAUUCCUUUGCGCCUUACUGAUUCAAUGCUAAAAUUCUCACACAAGCCAAUAUGUACAGUUCUUAAGUAUGAAGUAAUUUGGUUGUCUGACAGAAUUUCUGGUUAUCUUUAACAAUUUAAAUUUGUUCACUGAUUGUUACCACAAACAGCAAGGUCAGCCUGGCACAGACAUUAUAUGCUUAAAAUCAGAGCAUUGAUAAAGUUUCAGAAUCAUCUUCAACCAGUUAUGGAAGAGCUGUUUUUAUGGCACCUUUGGUGUCUGGAGUCACUAGACAUAUUUCCCUAAAAGCAUCCCAUACAUGUCCAAUUAGACAGAAAUUUUAUAAACAUGAAGGCCACUACACUUUUUGUAUCAAGGAAUGUGUUGACCAGUUUAAUAUGGUGAGGUGGGCAUUAUAUCCCAUUAGGGUGAAAUCAGAGUUAGUUGUACCAGUAUAGGGUAGCAUGAAGGGUCUAGAAUGUGAACCCUAUGUGUGGCAAUAUAAGUACCAUUUCACGAGACUUAGAUGUCACCAUUUUCACCACUUCUUGUUUGUGUGUCGCCAUCACCUGUGUUGGUGAAAGUAGGGGUGAUCUGGUUCCUGUUAUCCAGUUGUAUGGAAAAGCGUGACUCACUAUGUUGGUGAAAGUAGGGGGUGAUCUGGUUCCUGUUAUCCAGUUGUAUGGAAAAGCGUGACUCACUAUGUUGGUGAAAGUAGGGGGUGAUCUGGUUCCUGUUAUCCAGUUGUAUGGAAAAGCGUGACUCACUAUGUUGGUGAAAGUAGGGGGUGAUCUGGUUCCUGUUAUCCAGUUGUAUGGAAAAGCGU